AUGCACCUCUCGCUCGUCACCCUCGUCCUCGCACUCGCCUCGGCCGCCGCACCAGCCCUCGCAGCUCCCGAGGCCGCACUCGAAGCACCUGCGCUCGCCCGGCGCGACCAGGGCUUCCAGAAGCGCGUGCGCCGGAGCGUGCCCCUCACCGACAGUCCCUCCCUGGAGGAGCGGGCUCUCGAUGAACGCGACCUCGGCGAGCGGGCCUCGAUCCCGAACAGCAAGCGCACAAGCUCCAACACGUACUCCGCACUCGUCGCCCUGGGCGCGAGCUACACCGACAACGCUCACUGGCGCGAGCCGCAGUACGCCGGCUCGCUGCGCGAGUACUGGCCCUACGAGCAGUGGGGAGGUCGUUACGCCAACGGCAAGGUCGCCGUCGAGUACCUGGCCGAGGCCGGCCUCAAGCAGUCGUCGUCGGGCGUCAAGCUCCUCGGCUACGCGUACGGCGGCUCGGUCAUCCAGAACCAGCUGAGCGGCACGGGCUCGUCGUGGCCCGCCGCCAAGGACCAAGCGGCGUCGUUCCUGUCGGACCUCGCCGGCGGCAAGGUGUCGACCGGCUCGAGCCGCACGCUCGUGUACGCCAACAGCGGCAUCAAUCCGGUCAUGCAGAUCUGGAACAACGCCGUCGCUCAAGGGCUCAGCUCGAACGCCGUCGCCAAGGCCAAGUCGGCCAUCACGGCCAAUACGCAGGCGUACGCCGCCGCGCUGCGCUCGAUCAGCUCGAGCAGCGCCGUCAAGACCAAGACCAAGGGCGUCGACUGGCUCGUCGUCGGCAUUCCGCCGCUCGAGAUCGUGCCGACGACGGCGUACCAGGUCCCGUCCGGCUACUCGUCUGCGAGGCGAGCGCAGGCGCUCGCCCUCAUGAAGACGCUCUCGACCCAGUUCAACGACGAGUUGAGGACGUUUGCGUCGGCCUUGUCGUCCGAGAACAAGAACGGCAAGGCGUUCUUCUACGACCUCUCCUCGCUCUGGUACUCGAUGAACUCGAACCCGAAGAGUUACGGCAUCUCGGCCGGCACCUCGGCGACCUGCUACAACAGCUCCUCCGGCAAGGUCUGCUCGGACCCGGCGUCUCACCUCUACUUCGACACGCUGCACCCGGUCACGAGCGUCCACAAGCUCAUGGCCGAGAAGAUGGCUCACCUCGUGUCGCGAGGUUAGACGCACUGCCGCCUGGUCUCGCCGACAGGGUGGUUGGCUAGCUACUCUCGUCGUUUCUCUGGGUAGAUUCGCCUCGUCCUUCCUCCUUAUUCUCUGCAUCGUCCCUUCACGUUUCUAAAUCAUUACGCCUCGUCUCUACUGCAAUCGCACGCGCCCCUCA